UAUGGACAGUCCUGAAGCUCUCCCUUUAUAAUGAUGAACAGUCUUGAGGCACCCUUUAUAAUUAUGGACAGUCUAGAGGCUCCCUUCAUAAUUAUAAAGGACAGUACAGAGGCUCCCUUUAUAAUUAUGGAAGUCUUGAGGCACCCUUUAUAAUUAUGGACAGUCUUGAGGCGCCCUUUAUAAUUAUGGACAGUCUUGAGGCACCCUUUAUAAUUAUGGACAGUCUUGAGGCACCCUUUAUAAUAAUGGACAGUCCUGAUGCACCCUUUAUAAUUAUGGACAGUCUUGAGGCACCCUUUAUAAUGAUGGACAAUCCUGAGGAACCCUUUAUAAUGAUGGACAGUCUUGAGGCACCCUUUAUAAUUAUGGAAGUCUUGAGGCACCCUUUAUAAUUAUGGACAGUCUUGAGGCACC